GAUGAGAGAGGGAGGGGUCUGACUGGAUGGGUCCUUAAAAAGGAGAGCAGGAAGCGGUAAAACUCAACUCACAAACAGAGCGCUGACAAGACCAGACUGCAGGAGACUAUCACCAUGGCGACGUUGACCCUUCUACUGCUUCUCAGCGCUGCUUUACACUGGGCGACAUAAUGACUGUGAACGACGCAAAUGAAUGGUGAAAUUUGCACCAGACCAAAGAAACACAUGCCCCAGAGGCUGGUUCCAAUUUAAUUCACGCUGCUUCAUGUUUGUCAAAACUUCAAGGACAUGGCCCAAUGCAGAGGCGCACUGUCAUACCUUGGCGCAAACCUGGCAUCUGUGCACAGCUAUGAAGAGUCCCGAUUCUACAGGCGGUGGUGUUGAUCGCGAUGGCAGUUUCCCUCUUACCUGGAUUGGUGGAUUUGAUGCUGUUCAAGCAAAGGUGGAAAAGGACAGGCUAUGGUUCUGGAGUGACGGCUCCAAAUUUGAUCACGAGAGCUGGGCUGAAGGGGAGCCGAAUAACCACAAUGGUGCCAGAGAGCCAUGUAUUCAGAUCAACUUUGGAGCUGAAAACGACUGGAAGAUGAAUCAUGUGGAAGAGCUAUCCCUCCGUGUGCUCCAUAAGAACCUGUUUAAUCCCUCAAACUAUCGAUUGAAACCAAAAAUGCUACUCUGGUGUCAGCAUCCUAACUGCAAAUGUUUCAUGUUAUAGUGAAUUACUUUGAAGGUAUGUGUUGCUGUAAAAAUACGUUUGACUUGUUGUGUAAUUAUUGUAGCUUGUUGUCAAUAAAACGAGUGUACGUAUUUAAUCUCA